AUGGUCGCAGCAACUGCUUCAGGACAUAAUGCUCUCUCCUCCAGGCGUGCCCAGCUCGCUGGGCCGUCUGGAGUCAAGGGUCUGCUUUCGAAUCUUAAGAUUUUCGCCAUCGCAGUGUUCGCCUCUCUUGGCGGUUUCGUCUAUGGCUACAAUCAAGGAAUGUUUGGCCAAAUCUUGAACAUGACUUCCUUCUCUGAGACAGUGCAUCCUAAUUCCAUCAACAAUACGACUAUAAGAGGACUUUUGACGGCUAUUCUUGAACUUGGUGCUUGGGUCGGCGUCCUCAUCAACGGUAUCCUCGCUGAUCGCCUUGGACGUAAGUUGGCGACCGUUAGCGGUGUCGUCGUCUUCCUCCUCGGCGUUAUCGUUCAAGCAUGUGCUAAGGGCCCGUCCUACAUCUUCGGUGGUCGCUUUGUGACUGGUAUGGGUGUCGGCACCCUGUCUAUGAUUGUGCCACUGUACAACGCGGAACUGGCCCCUGCAGAACUGAGAGGAUCUCUGGUGUCGCUUCAGCAACUUGCGAUCACUUUCGGAAUCAUGGUCUCAUACUGGAUCGGAUACGGAACAAACUACAUCGGAGGCACCGGCGCUGGCCAGUCCAACGCUGCUUGGUUGGUUCCAAUUUGCAUUCAGAUGCUUCCCGCGAUCGGACUCGGUGUUGGUAUCUUGUUCAUGCCUCCCAGUCCCCGUUGGCUCAUGACGGAGGGACGAGAGGAGGAAUGUCUGGCUGUCAUUUCCAAGAUUCGACGUCUGCCUGCCGACCACGAACUGGUCCAGCUGGAAUUCCUGGAGGUGAAGGCGCAGCAUCGCUUUGAAGUCGAGACUUCGAAGGCUCGCUUCCCUCAGUAUCACGCCCCUGGCGUUAUGAACCAGAUUAAACUAGGAUUCCAUGAAUAUCUCAGCCUCCUGACGAAUCCGUCCCUCUUCAAGCGAGUUGUCGUUGCGGUGUUCAUUAUGGUUUUCCAGCAAUGGACUGGAGUCAACGCCAUCCUCUACUAUGCGGCUUUUAUCUUCCAGGAUCUUGGUCUCACGGGUAACACCACAUCGCUGCUUGCUAGUGGUGUCGGCGGUAUCCUUAUGUUCCUUGCUACCAUCCCUGCCGUUCUGUACAUUGAUCAGUUUGGGCGUAAGCCUGUCCUGAUUGCCGGUGCUGUUGGGAUGGGUGUUUGUCACAUCAUUGUGGCCGGUUUGAUGGGAACCUACGCCGCUGAUUGGCAUGUAGGCAAAUCCGGAGCCGCUGGCUGGGCUGCCGUUGUCAUGGUGUGGCUUUAUGAGGUCAACUUUGGCUACUCCUGGGGUCCCGGCGCUUGGGUCGUUGUUGCGGAGGUCUUCCCGCUUGGAGUGCGCGCCAAGGGUAUUUCCAUUGGUGCUUCGUCCAACUGGCUCAAUAACUUUGCUAUCGGCCAAGCCACACCCGACAUGGUCGCAUCCAUGGGCUACGGUACCUUCAUCUUCUUCGGCCUGAUCUGCUUCAUCGGCGCACUCUUCAUAUACUUUGUUGUCCCCGAGACCAAGAAUCUCACCCUUGAGGAGAUGGACGAAGUCUUUGGUGAUGAGGCCGGAAAUGCCCUUGAGGACCGCAACCGUCUCCUCCAAAUCUACACCGAACUGGGCUUACUGGGUGAGAGUGACGCUGUUGCAGAGGAAAAGCCCGAGGCUACUAGUGAAAAGGUCGAGGUUGAGACCACCGUUUAG